AUGGCUACAGCAUAUACUUGCAAGGAAGACUUAGGACCCAUUCCACCCCCUGGAAAAGUUCCUAUUCACAUGUUUACAACCUCUGACAAAAACGUCUCUUGUAUUGGAUUUAAAGGUGGAAUUCAAUUCAAAAUUCCAUACAUGUCAGAAAAUGGUAAUGCAAUAGAAUCGAUAGCUCUACCAAAUAGAUACACUGUAUCUGGGGACUGCAACACAACUCUAAAUGGAUAUUACUCCCAGAAAAUAGUUAUUGGGUUUUACAAUUCCUGGAAGUUGACAAUAUACUUCUCCUCUGAUGUACAGCAAAAUGAAAUUUUAGCAAGAGAAAAUGUUACAAAGUACCACAUCUCACAGAUUGAACUGGAUUAUGAUUUUAAUAACAACCUGUUUACAAACGCUGUAGACAAAAUUGUCGGUACUAAGAACAAGGCUGUUGCUACUAACCUCAAUACACUUUCAACAGAUGAAGAUAAAAGCUAUAUGUGCAAAAAAAAUACUUCCUUCAACAUUCAAAAUGGUUUAUCGAUGAUUAUAAAGGAACUUCAGUUUCAGGCUUUCAAAAAUGAAAGUUCACCUGGUUUUAGCUCGGCUGUCAACUGUAAGGACAGUGGAGAUAAUUAUGUCCUGUUAAUUUCUACAGGAGCAGCAUUAGGAGGACUUUUACUUUUAGUUGUUGUGUUGGGCAUUGUCCAUGUACAUAAGAAACGUCAGAGUUAUCAACGAAUAACAUUUUAG